UCACCAUACAGCAGUUCAGGCUGUGGUUCGCAGGAAGCAGUGGCUUUUUGAUUCGUCCUAGUUCCCGGCUCAGCCUGGGAGGAUCUAACACCAGCGUUCACGUGAAGGGGGAACCAAGGACUGUGAGGCGCUGGGUGGUCCCCAGCCCUGAAGCCCUGCCAGCCUGACAUGGAAAUGGAGGCAAAUGACCAUUUUAACUUGACUGGCCUUCCCCCUGCACCUGCUGCCUCAGGACUGAAACCCUCUCCCUCCUCAGGGGAGGGCCUCUACACUAACGGGUCUCCCAUGAACUUCUCCCAGCAAGGGAAAAGUUUGAAUGGGGAUGUGAAUGUUAAUGGCUUAUCUACUGUAUCUCACACUACUACUUCAGGGAUUUUGAACUCUGCUUCCCACCCCUCCAGCACCUCACACCUCCAUCACCCCAGCGUGGCCUACGACUGUCUCUGGAACUACUCACAGUACCCAUCUGCCAAUCCUGGCAGCAACCUCAAGGACCCACCCCUUCUGUCCCAGUUCUCGGGGACACAGUACCCACUCAAUGGCAUCCUUGGGGGCAGCCGGCAACCUUCAUCCCCAAGUCACAACACUAACCUUCGGGCUGGGAGCCAAGAGUUUUGGGCCAAUGGUACCCAGAGUCCCAUGGGGCUUAACUUCGACUCACAGGAACUAUAUGAUUCCUUUCCUGACCAGAGUUUUGAGGUGAUGCCCAAUGGACCUCCUAGUUUUUUCAGCUCCCCACAGACUUCUCCUAUGCUGGGGUCACGCAUCCAGACCUUUGUGCCCUCCCAGGAGGUAGGCGAUGGCAUCCAUUGUGAUGAGGUGGCAGGAAAGGAGCUGACUUCUGUCGUGGCAGAGAGUGGCACUGGCUUGGUAGGCAGCCUGGAGCUGGAAGAAGAGCAGCCAGAACUAAAGAUGUGUGGCUACAAUGGCUCUGUUCCUUCUGUGGAAUCAUUACACCAAGAGGUCUCAGUCUUGGUCCCUGACCCCGCAGUGAGCUGCUUAGAUGAUCCUUCACAUCUUCCUCAACAACUGGAAGACACUCCAAUCCUCAGUGAAGUCUCUCUGGAGCCCUUCAACACUCUGGCACCAGAACCAGUGAGUGGAGGACUCUAUGGUAUAGAUGAUACAGAGAUGAUGGGUACCGAGGACAAGCUGCCUCUUGACGACAGCCCUGUGAUCUCUGCCCUUGACUGCCCUUCCCUCAGUAAUGCCACUGCCUUCAGUCUCCUGGCAGAUGACAGUCAAACUUCAGCCUCUAUCUUUGCCAGUGCUGCCUCUCCACCUGUCCUUGGGGAGUCUGUUGUGCAAGAUAACAGCUUUGACCUUAAUAAUGGCAGUGAUGUGGAACAGGAAGAAGUAGAGACUCAGGCUUCAGAUUUCCCACCACUGACCCAGCCAGCCCCUGACCAGGCAUCCACUCUUCAGCUUCAUCCAGCAGUCCCACCAACAGCCUCUCCAGCAAUCUCCCUGGCAGUUUCUCCAGCAGCCUCUCUGGAAAUCUCCCCAGAAGUCUCUCCAGCAGUCUCCCCAACUUCAGCAGACCUCCCACCGGUCUCAGAGGUCUCCUUGGCAGUCUCCCCAGUGAACUCCCCAAAAGCCACCCCUGCAGCUCCCCCAGCAGCUGUCUUCCCAGUGGCUUCCCUGGCAAGUAAGGGCAUCUGCAUCUUCCCUGAGAGCACUACUGGCCCAGAAGAGACUACGGGAGGAGGUGUCCCUACUUCCAAUAGUGGUGAUGUCCUGCGGAGACGUAUUGCUACCCCAGAGGAAGUCCGUCUUCCCCUCCAGCAUGGGUGGAGGAGAGAGGUGCGCAUCAGGAAGGGCAGCCACCGUUGGCAGGGGGAGACCUGGUAUUACGGCCCCUGUGGGAAGAGGAUGAAACAGUUCCCAGAAGUGAUCAAGUACCUGAGCCGCAGCGUGGUACACAGUGUCCGCCGUGAGCACUUCAGCUUCAGUCCCCGUAUGCCUGUUGGAGAUUUCUUUGAAGAGAGAGACACACCAGAGGGCUUGCAGUGGAUACAGCUGUCAGCAGAGGAGAUCCCAUCCAGGAUUCAGGCAAUUACUGGGAAACGGGGCCGACCUCGAAACACAGAGAAGGCCAAGACCAAGGAAGUCCCCAAGGUGAAACGGGGCCGAGGUCGGCCACCCAAGGUCAAAAUCACUGAGAUGUUAAAUAAGACAGAAAACCACCUUCUAAAGAAGCUGGAGGCCCAAGAAACGGGGAGUGAGGGAGAGAAAGCAAAGACAAGCAAAGUCAAAAAGCCGAGGCAGAAGGCACAGCGGGGAGAGUGUCAAAUGGCUAUCCCAGGGCAGGCCAGAAACAAGUGGAAGCAAGAGACCAAGAGCUUAAAACAGAAGGAAGCUAAGAAGAAAUUCAAGGCUGAGAAGGAAAAGGUAAAGACAAAGAAGGAAAAAGCCAAGAGGGAGAAAAAGGACAAAGCGAAAAUGAAAGAAAAGGAGGAGGGGACCAAAGCCAAGCCAGCCUGUAAAGCAGGUAAAACACCGGCCGUGCAGAGGUGCCUGGAGGAGUGGCAGAGGCAGCAGAUGAUCUUGGAGGAGAUGAGGAAGCCCACAGAGGACAUGUGUCUGCCUGACCACCAGCCCCUGCCUGACUUCUCACGCAUCCCUGGUCUGAUCCUGCCUAGUGGGGCCUUCUCGGACUGCUUGACCAUUGUGGAGUUCCUGCACAGCUUUGGCAAGGUGCUGGGCUUUGACCCUGCCAAAGAUGUACCUAGCCUGGGGGUCCUGCAGGAGGGACUCCUGUGUCAAGGCAACAGCUUGGGCGAGGUACAGGACCUGCUGGUGCGGCUCCUGAAGGCUGCACUCUAUGACCCUGGCUUGCCCUCCUACUGUCAGUCCUUAAAGAUUUUGGGGGAGAAGGUAUCCGAGAUUCCACUGACAAGAGACAAUGUGUCUGAGAUCCUGCGCUGCUUCCUCAUGGCGUGUGGAGCGGAGCCGGCCCUCUAUGACAGCCUGCGCACCCAGCCUUUUCAGGCCCAGCCACCCCAGCAGAAGGCUGCCAUCCUGGCCUUCCUUGUGCAUGAGCUCAACAGCUCCACCCUCAUCAUCAACGAGAUUGACAAGACUCUGGAGAGUAUGUCCAGCUACAGGAAAAACAAGUGGAUUGUUGAAGGUCGGCUCCGAAGGCUGAAAACUGCUCUGGCCAAGCGAACUGGGUGGCCUGAGGUCGAAAUGCAAGGGCCAGAGGAAGGCCUGAGGAGGAGGCGCAGUUCUCGGAUCAUGGAGGAAACCAGUGGUGUGGAAGAGGAGGAAGAGGAGGAGCCUACAGCAGCUGUCCAUGGCCGUAGGGGUCGAAGAGAUGGAGAGGUUGAUGCCACAGUGUCUAGCAUCCCAGAGCUAGAGCACCAGAUAGAAAAACUGAGCAAGCGUCAGCUCUUCUUUCGUAAAAAGCUGCUCCACUCAUCCCAGAUGCUCCGGGCAGUCUCCUUGGGUCAGGACCGCUACAGACGCCGCUACUGGGUGUUGCCGUAUUUGGCUGGUAUCUUUGUAGAAGGAACAGAAGGGAGCUUCGUUCCUGAGGAGGUGAUCAAGUGGGAAACUGACUCCCUAAAAGUGGCAGCCCACCCCGCACCCAGCCCAGCCCCCUUCCUGCUGAGGAGGGAGUCAGCCAGCUCCAGCACCAUGGCCAGUUCUCCUGCCCGGGCCCGAGGCCGGCCUCGGAAAACGAAACCUGGGUCUGUGCAUCCAAGACGCCUGAAGUCCCCUGUCAGGGGUCAGGAUUCAGAAGAGCCCCAGGCCCAGCUUCAGCCUGAGACUCAGCCUCAGCCUCAGCCCCAGCUUCAGGCUCAUGCUGAGCCCCAGCCCCAACUUCAGCCCCAUCCUCAGUCCCGUAAUGGGUUCCUGGAGCCAGAAGGUUCCCCUUUGUCUCUGGGUCAGAGCCAGCAUGACCUCAGCCAGUCAGCCUUCCUGUCUUGGCUGAGCCAGACUCAGAACCAUGGCUCCUUGCUGAGCAGCUCAGUCCUCACACCUGACAGCAGCCCUGGAAAACUGGACCCCAGCCCAUCUCAGCCACCAGAGGGGCCAGAGCCGGACCAGACAGAAUCCAGUCCUGGCUCACAAGCUCCCUGGUUUGACUUCUCAGCCCAGAUGCCCUGUGGUGCUGCUCCUACACCACCCCCCGCAGUUUUGGAAGACCAGCUCCCUCCCCCCACCCAGCUGUCUGCCUCCUCCAAGCCAGGGAAUAGACCCCGCACUGCCAACUCCUGUUCCCCAGCGCACCUCUCUUCCACCCCCUUGCCUGGGGUGGCCUCUAAGAGGCGAGCAGGGGACCCUGGAGAAACACCACAGAGUCCUGCAGGGCUGGCACAGCCGAAACGGAGGGGGAGACCCCCCAGCAGGUUCUUCAAACAGAUGGAGCAGCGUUACCUAACCCAGCUGACAGCCCAGCCUGUGCCCCCUGACAUGUGCUCUGGCUGGUGGUGGAUCCGAGAUCCUGGGACACUGGAUGCCAUGCUCAAGGCCCUGCACCCCCUGGGUAUCCGGGAAAAGGCACUUCACAAACACCUGAACAAGCACAGGGAUUUUUUACAGGAAGUCUGUGUGCGGCCCUUAACUGACCCCAUCUUUGAGCCCAGUCAGCUGCUUGCCUUUCAAGGAGGGCCUGUGCACUGGAGCCCCCGAGAGAAGACGCAUGAGGCAGACCUGGCUGUGCUGCAGCGGGUGGAGGAGCUGGAGCAGCGGGUGAUUCUGUCAGAUCUUCAGAUCCGGGGCUGGACGUGUCCUAGCCCAGACUCUACUCGAGAAGAUUUGGCCUACUGUGAGCAUCUGCCUGACUCCCAGGAGGAUAUCACCUGGAGAGGUCGAGGCAGGGAGGGACUGACCCCUCAGCGCAAAACUACCAACCCUCUGGACCUGGCUGUGAUGCGCCUGGCAGCCCUGGAGCAGAACGUGGAGCGGCGGUACCUGCGAGAGCCCCUAUGGCCAGCUCAUGAGGUUGUGCUGGAGAAGACCCUGCUGGGCACGCCCAGUGCUCCACCGGGCACGGCUGCAGAGAUAUCGUAUGAGAUCACGCCUCGCGUUCGGGCCUGGCACCAGACGCUGGAGCGGUGCUGGAGUGCUGCUCAGGUGUGCCUGUGUCUGGGCCAGCUGGAGCGGUCCAUCGCCUGGGAGAAGUCUGUCAGCAAAGUGACCUGUCUAGUGUGCCGGAAGGGCGACCAGGAUGAGCUGCUCCUGCUUUGUGAUGGGUGUGACCGUGGCUGCCACAUUUACUGCCACCGGCCCAAGAUGGAGGCUGUCCCGGAAGGAGACUGGUUUUGCGCUGUCUGUUUGGCCCAGCAGGCAGAGGUAGAAUUCACUCAGAAGCCUGGUUUCCCCAAACGAGGUCAGAGGCGGAAAAGCAGUUGUAUGCUGGACUUCACAGAGGGGGAGAGCUGUCGGCGCCGGGUACCGCGGGGCCAAGAAAGCCCAGCGAUGCCUCGGGCGUCAGAAGGGUUACCCCCCGCAAAGCGGCGGCGGCUCUCUGUGCGGAGCCACCACAGCAACCUCACGUUUUGCGAGGUUAUCUUGAUGGAGAUGGAGUCCCAUGAUGCAGCUUGGCCUUUCUUGGAGCCUGUGAACCCACGUUUGGUGAGCGGGUACCGGCGCAUCAUCAAAAACCCUAUGGAUUUUUCCACUAUGCGGGAGCGGCUCCUCCGAGGUGGGUACACCAGCUCAGAGGAGUUUGCGGCAGAUGCACUCCUGGUCUUUGACAACUGCCAGACCUUCAACGAGGAUGACUCCGAAGUGGGCAAGGCCGGGCACAUCAUGCGCCGCUUCUUUGAGAGCCGCUGGGAAGAGUUUUAUCAGGGAAAACAGGCCCACCUGUGAGGCAAAGGAGGUGGGGAGUCCCCUUGUGGCAUCUCCUCUGCCCUCCAAACAAAACCCUGCCACUCUCACCUGCUGAUGCUGCCCUGGGGCCAGACUCAGAGACACCCCUAAUUUUUGAUCCUGCCCUUGACAGCACCCUGCACCCUCUUAAGCUUACACCCCUUUCUCCCUUUCCUCCUCUUGCUCCUCAAAUAGAGGGGUAGAGAUGAGGUCCUUCCGGACUGAAAGCCAAAAAAAAACACCCCAAUUUUUCCUGUUUUAUUUCCUAAUUAAAAAUGAGGAGGAACAAGUUCCUACUUCCUUCUCCAGCUUCCUCUCCUCCUCUGUACGUGCCCUGUAUUCUGGGGCUAUUUAACAAUAGCAAUAGUUCUAGUGAAUGUGUGAAACCAAGAAACACUCUGUACUGUGUGUGGACCCGCAGUGACGGCCAGUGAAGUGGACUUAACCCCCAGGUGUGUCGAGCCGGACACCGGGCCCUGAACAUGCUGCUUCCAUGCUCAGUCCCUCCCUGGCUUCUCUCUCAAGGUCCCUUUCCCUCCUCUCCCUGGUCACAUUUCCUCUCAUUCAAUAGUGUAAAACUAUCAUGUACGGGUUCCUCCAUCCUUUUCUCUUCCCCCAAGUCUUUUUUCCCUCCUGGGGAAAAGUUCAGAGGUCCUGGUUUCUCUGUCUUCAUCUUCCUGCCAACGGCAGCCCCCUCUAACAUUGUGUACUCCUCGAGAGCUGAGCUUCCAGCCUUUUCUGAAGCUCAGCUUGGGAGGAGAGGGCAGGAAAGCACCCUGGACCCUGGGCCUUGCAGCCUCCUUCCCCACGUUUUACCCCAACCUCCCUCUUGGGAACUCCUCAGGGACAACUACUGCUGAGUCUGGGCGCACCCCAAGGCGGAGGCCAGAGAGCAGCAGCCUCGGAGAGGGGCGUGUGGUGUGUGUGCGGGUGGAAGAGAGCCCAGCAGGGUGCUGUGACGGGGCCCCCUGUAUGUGACGGCAUCUGUUCAGUCUCCCAAACUGUGUGUUCUGUAUCCCCACCUUCUCCCAUUGUUUCAGACCAUCACUUUUUUUUUCUUGUGGGAAACCACA